AUGUCCAAUGGCCAAUUCAUACAACAGCGAUUGGAUUCAUUGAACGACAUCGAUUCCAGCAUCGUGUCCCUCUUGGGAUACAUGUCCGAUAUCUUUGACAGAUACUCCACUCCGUCAAACAACAGCGAUGAUGCCAAAGAUACCAUAGAAACCCAGACCAGACUUAUAUAUCAAACCCUCAGCGAUAUAGCAAUAAAUCUCCGAAAAGAGGUGAAGAUCAUGGAUGACAACACCGGUGUAUUCGACAAAAAUGAAGACCAGGUGAUGAUACUCCCCAUACCUGUUGAUCAGAAAAACACAGCGUUGGGAAAACGCAGGUUGAAUGAAGAGAUAGACCUUUUGACCCACCUCAUCCCACAAGAACCUACAGAGGACCAGAAGUUUAAGCCUGAACCCGAGACUGUCGAAGAAGAGUCCGUCAAGGAAGAGCCUGUUGAAGAAGAGCCUGUUGAAGAAGAGCCUGUCAAAGAAGAACAGCCAGAAGAAAAAAAUGGUGUUGAUGACACCGAUGAGCCUGACCCCAUUGUCAAACCAGAAGCCGAUGUCGAAACAUUCGGAAUCUCUGACGUCGAAAUGGAAGAGUAA